AAUUAGUAACAAGUGUCUCUCUUCCCAGCGAGAGGCCAGACGUGAUGUGUCUGUUUGCGUAGCGAUACCACAGAAAUAGGAACAGGAAGCCGACUUCACAAAAAAGACAAUUCAAAGAGGGGUUUGGUGCGUGUAUGAUGGUUUCAACCAGGACAGGACCUUUAGCCCGGAGGCCCGACAAUUCGGCCUUCAAGCAGCAGCGUCUGCCCGCCUGGUCGCCCAUGCUAACUGCUAGCACGGUGCUGCCUUUCUUCUUCUUCAUGGCUCUGAUAUGUUUGCUGCUGGGAGUGUGGCUGCUGCUCACUGUGCAGAGCGUACAGGAAGUCCGGGUGGACUACACAGACAUCGGCGCGUGUGCCGUUUGUCACAACAUGCGUAAGAACGUGAGCAACGCGGCAACGCUCUGCACUUGCAAACUGGACUUUCGCAUCAACAAGGCCCUGAAGGGUGAUGUCUUUUUCUACUAUGGCCUCCAAAACUUCCACCAGAACCUGCGCAGGUACAUGGACUCCAGGGACGACGGGCAGACGGUGGGCAGGAAGACCAACCUGAAGAAACCAAGUUCUUACUGCAAACCAUUCGCCACCAAUGACAAAGGACUGCCCAUCGCUCCCUGUGGCGCUGUAGCCAACAGUAUCUUUAACGAUACAUUUAUUUUCAAAUAUCACAGGACAGCCGCCUCCGAAGACACGCUGCCUUUGUUACGGAAGGGCAUCAGCUGGUACACGGACAAAAACGUCAAGUAUCGCAACCCUCAGACGGACAACUUGAGCCUCGCAGAAGUCUUCCAAGGCACGGCCCCGCCUCCCUACUGGCAGAAGCCCGUUUACGAGCUGGACGUCCAGGACCCCAUCAACAACGGCUUCAUCAACGAGGACCUCAUCGUGUGGAUGAGGGAGGCGGCCUUCCCCAACUUCAAGAAGCUCUACGCCGUCUUACACCGCGCCAACAAGCCUUUCCAAAGCGGCCUGCCCAAAGGCAACUACAGCGUGGAGAUAGCCUACAACUUCCCGGUGCAGUACUUCCGUGGCAGAAAGCAGGUGGUCCUGACCACGCUGAACUGGUUCGGAGGGCCCAACCCGUUCCUGCCCAUCGCCUACCUGGUCACCAGCGGCCUGGUCCUGCUGGCGGCCGUCACCCUCACCGUGGUCUGGUGCAAGUUUGGCAAAGAGGGGAAGAACAUGGAGGAGUGACGGGUAAGAGGAAGGACUUGAUGGAUGAAAAGCUGCUUGCUUUUGAAUGAACUAUAUAUCUUUAUCAAAACUACGCUGUGUUACUCAGGGAUGGAUUUUGGAGACUUACAUUUUUGAAAAUGUCCAGUUGGAUAGUCUGUGGCCCUCUACAUCCAUGCAUUUUUUGUGCUUAUGUACAGUAUGUACAGUAUAUACCCUCCUAAAACCAGCGUCAUUUGCAGUGGACAUUUGGUUAUAGUCUUUCUUUUGGCAGUUGAAUUAAAAAAUAUUACUAAAAAAAGCCCUUUUAUGCAAAACGCAAAUGCCUAAUGUAGAGGACAAUAGUUCUCAAGAUAUUCUGAAAUAUAAAAUUUUACUCUGCAGGAAAAUAGCCCUUUAGGAGGAACUUUUUAAAUACAUUUGUACUUAACGACUUUUUUUUUAACAAUGAUACAAAGCAGUGUUUCUUUAACUUUUUUUUUACGAGUACCACCUCAGAAAACACUUAGCUCUCCAAGCACCAGCAUAAUGACCAAUGUUAACAUACAGUAGCGUAGUAGGCCUAAGUAUUCAUUAAAAACAAGGCAGAGGUGUUGUUUUACAUAUUGGAUAUUAUUGGCCACUGUAACAUUACACACAGUUUGAACAGUAACACUGUUUUUAAACGUAGGGAAAUAAAACACUGUACUUUAAUCAAGUGAUUCUUUGACAUACCACAGUUUGGGAAUCGCUGCUAUAAAGCAGCAGUAAUUUCCAUAUAUAGAUAUAGAUAUAUAUACUGUAUAUAUAUAUAUAUAUAUAUAUAUAUACACACUACCGUUCAAAAGUUUGGGGUCACAUUGAAAUGUCCUUAUUUUUGAAGGAAAAGCUCUGUACUUUUCAAUGAAGAUAACUUUAAACUAGUCUUAACUUUAAAGAAGUACACUCUAUACAUUGCUAAUGUGGUAAAUGACUAUUCUAGUUGCAAAUGUCUGGUUUUUGGUGCAAUAUCUACAUAGGUGUAUAGAGGCCCAUUUCCAGCAACUAUCACUCCAGUGUUCUAAUGGUACAAUGUGUUUGCUCAUUGGCUCAGAAGGCUAAUUGAUGAUUAGAAAACCCUUGUGCAAUCAUGUUCACACAUCUGGAAACAGUUUAGCUCGUUACAGAAGCUACACAACUGACCUUCCUUUGAGCAGAUUGAGUUUCUGGAGCAUCACAUUUGUGGGGUCAAUUAAACGCUCAAAAUGGCCAGAAAAAGAGAACUCUCAUCUGAAACUCGACAGUCUAUUCUUGUUCUUAGAAAUGAAGGCUAUUCCACAAAAUUGUUUGGGUGACCCCAAACUUUUGAACGGUAUUGUAUAUAUAUAUAUAUAUAUAUAAGUAUAUAUAUUAGUUUUUUUUAAUCAAUAAAUCACACUCAAGGCCUUUGUGAUAAAAACCGUCAAUAACUAAGAUUUUUUUUCCUCACUUUGAAUCGUUUGUCUAAAACGCAUCAGCCUGUAAUAUAAAUAUUCACUAUAAUCAGAUUUUUUUAUCAUUUAAAGGCCAGUAUGUUUUACAAAAAAUAUUUAAACUAAAAGAAAAAUGUACACAAAAAUUAUCCUCGACGCACACUUAUAUUAGUCUGUUUUUCGACUGUUAUAGGUAUUUUUUUAAAUUUUAUUUAGAAAAAAAAAGUUAUUUAGAAAACAGUAUUAAGUGAUAGAUGUUGCUGCCUGCAUUGAACGGGGAAAAGUAGCGCCAUCUGGCGGAUGGGGAAAAAAGAACAGUUUGUUGCGCUGUUAAGUGGGGGGCGGGGGGGGGGGUUACAUUUUCAAUCGGCCAUUUUUGGUAAAAUGCCAUUUUAGGCAAAUAAGCUUCCAACUUAAUCAGCACUGCAAACAGUUGAAAACUAGUGAACAGCAGAAAAUGUCCUUAAAGGUUCAUCUCGUUUUAUUUGCUGUCGUCUUUUUGUGUGAAGAGCCCCCAAGAAAGACAGUUUUGCCAUGUUUUAUUAUUAUAAUGGCCAUUGUUGGUACAUGUCAGCAAAAAUGAGCAAUAAACUUUUCAAUUUCCUAUGAGCUCACAAAGUUUGUACCUUCAAGAAUAGUCGAUCAGAAUCAAAAGUGACAAGGUCUCUUUAAUUGGCGCUCCAGACAAGACAAGACAUGACAUAAUCCAACAAGACAAAUCACUCCCACAACACAAACAAGUGAUUUUAGCACAGUACCAUUUUUCUUUUACGACAACAUUCCUCAGUCUUUAAUAAAAAAAAACAACCUUUGCUUUAUUUCUCACAUUAAGACUUGAAAAUGUUCAAUCUGGGGGGAAAGGAAGGCAACAUUUGGUCUGCAGGCUGGGUGGGGGCGGAGCCUCCUGAAGGCGUCUCCUCAUCAGCAGGAUGUGAAUUGAAAAAUAAAUAGCGUGGGAAUCUUUUGCAAGGUUUGCUGCGAUGGAAGGACAAGAACUGCACACAAUUUCAAGUUAAGACGAUGCGUACCGUGGAAUAGGAGCUAAGGAAGACGUGCGUGUUGCAAUUGUUCGAUCACAUUUAAGUUUGUAACAGAAACAAAAAAAAUCACAGCUUUACAGAAUCACAGGUGGGGUAAAAAAAAAAAGUCAAGCAGUAGUUUUCACGCUCGUUUUGGCAACCUCCUGCCUCCACGUCCAAGUGAGGCCCAAACAUUCAUCUGUGGUUUCAGUGAUCCGACUGGAGUGAGCGCCUCUCGGCUGAAGCGGAUCCACGCGGCAGGGAGGUCACGUAGUGUUUGUCAGCGCCCCCCUCUCUUUAGCU